AUGAAACUGUUUAGCUUCUACAAUAAAUCUGUUUUUGUUCAGUAUCGUAAUCAGUUAUGCUCAACGACCACCGUUGCUGUGUGUUUGCUUUCGUUGGCGGCUUUCGUGAUCCCGGCUUCCGUUCUGUUUUCCGUUCAACGCGGCAAACUAUGGGAUCAGCAUCAUCUAGUGUACGAGCAACCGAAAGUCAAGUUUUCGUACAAGUACCUAUUCCUGGCGGAGCUCGAAGGAGGCGGUGAUCGCGAAUCAUCCAUCGUAACCUGCAGUUCCUUCGAAUCAUACAAUUCCGCCACCGAAGAACUUCCAUCCUGUAAUGGCAUUCACGUUACACCGUUCGAUGAAGAUCAUGAUCAAAUGUUGGAUCAUCUCAAGGUGGCGAUUAAUUUCAAUCCCCCGGAAGAAACAAAUCGACUGCAGUUCUAUACGCUGUACUUUUUCCUCGAAGCUACCGUAUCGUCCCAGUGCAGCUUUACAGUGCCCACGUUCGUGUAUCUUGAUAAAGUACCGGCUCCUUGGCCAAAGUUCCAGUCUGGCAAAAUCGAACACCGAGGCUCGUUGGAGGUAAAGCAGUCGGCAUCGCUGCAAUGUCCAUUCUUUAUGCGCCAUCAAAAAUCACACUUCAGUGAUCGCUACUAUCCUAAUGAGAAUACGACGCUCGACGAAUUCCAGCCGAGCAUCAUUGCGGAAAAGAUAGAAUCCUCAAACCCUACCUAUUUCGCCUUCGAUGCCACACAGCACACAUGGGAACUGGAUGACUCAGGAACGAUAAAUAUCGUGCUGUUCGUGUCCAUCGGAGGACCCGAUAGCAGAAAGACGGCCCUUCUCUACACAACGUCGCUUUGGCAGCGAAUGCACCAAUUUUGGACUGGAUAUUUUCCAUUGCUUCUCGUGUGCCUGUGGAUUGCGGACAAGCUUAAGAUGUAUCUCUUUGAAAAAUUUUACUUACGUGCCGUUGAAGUGCUGCCGUGGAAAGAAAAAUACAAAUAA